AGUUCCCCCACCCCCACGUUUAUAAAAAACAUGAAAUUAGCAUACCUGGUAUGAUGAUUUAUGUAUCUACUUGUCAUUUAUCCAACAUCCAGUUUUCUUGUUCAUUUAUCCAACACCCAGCCUGACUGGGAACUGUGCUAACUGUGGAGGAUCCAGGGAAAACUGGGGUAAAUUGCCUGUCCUCAGGGAGCUUCCCAUUAUGUGGGAGAGCUGGUUGAAAAAUUGGGAAUUGCAGUUUAGUGUGAUAAGUGCUAUUACACUAAAUAAUGGCGUAAAUUGGAGAGAAUAGUAGAAAUUGGAGAAAAUGAGAAUUCUCUUCUUCCAAAUGCAAUCAAGGCAGCUUCCUGCAUGUGGUUGGCUCUGGAGAACAAUGUGGCAAAUGGGUCAGGGUUGCAGACACAAACAUAGCUCUUGGCUUGGCCAGAAGCAUUGCUCCUGUAUUCCAGGGUCCUGGAUAGACCCGUUUGGGUUUUCCAGUGAGGUCUUUCCCCAGAUAAAUUAUCUCUUGAAGGAAGAUUAAAUAACGAAAUGUUUCAAGAUUGGUGGUGGUGGUUCUUCUUUUUUUAAAUGUCUCUUGUGGAAUGACUCAUUGUGUCCUGUGGGAUAUUCCACGUGGUUGUGUACCAUGCACUUUUAUUCCGGAGUCUGCUCCUCUGUUGGUUUUGUGGCUUGUCCUUAAGAGCCUUAAUUAUAUGAGUCUUGAUCCUCUCAUGAACUAGGGUCAGUCAACUACCCUGUUUCCUAGGAAUGCGUUUUUGGCCCCAUUGUGGUCAUUGAGCUCUUCCUGAAUGUCACUGUGGCAAUUAGAACAUUGGAAAGAGCCCAGUUUCAACUGGUAAACCUGGUCCAGAAGGGGUUUUUGAAAGACUCCCUGGGAUUUAUUCUAACUUGCUGGGUGAAGGCUGGUGAAUAUGAGUGACUGAAUGGCCCAUGGCCCUGGGAGGUUUGCCUGGGUGUAUUCUUCCCGAGGAAGACAUCCUGUCUGGGAGGGUUCAUGCAAGUGUAGACUUUUCCUGGCUCUGGUUGGACUUGGGUCAUGUCUGUGUGCAGGCAUGGGUCGCAGCCCUCUGAAGUCUUUGCUUUCAUUCAACAAAUUGAGGUCACAUAAACUCGCUUUCACUGAGGAGGCAAGGUUGGUGUUUCUCUGUGUGGAGUCCCAUGAUGUCCUUUAAGGCGUUAUUGUCUAAGACUAAUCUGGUAAUCAGAUGCAUCUGCCCUUCCCAAGUGUUGGGCAAUUGAUUGUAUCAAAUGUCACGUCUCUGGUGCCCUUUGUUGACGUGGUGGCCAGCCUCCAAAGAGCUGUUUGGUAGAAAAGUGACUGUUUUGUUAAGGGAGGUUGCAGAAUAUUUUAUUUCCAUGUAAUAGGAGAGGGGGAAAAAAACCCAGCUGUCUACAGGAAGUGCUAGGAGGCUGACUUGAAGGCUGUGGCGGUGCCUUGGUCCUCUCAAAUUAUAGACAGUGAUGCCUUUGGUAAGGGUUCUUCACAGGUGGCUCACACUCCCCAUCUCAGAAAGCAUCUGCAGGGUGGUCCAGCUCCUUCCUGGGCACAGGUUGUUGGGUUUAUUUGAGGCAACUUGGUUUUUGCGCCUCAAGUCCACAUUAUCUAACUCUAGCGUGGAAGCUGCUUCUGAUUUCUGCAGGGGAGAAAGGAAUCCCUUUAGCCUUUCUAAUUUCUGUGUCUAGGAUAGAAUUUGCAUCUCAAGAUCUGCUUUUGCCCUUUGUUCCUAAUACUUUAUCCUUAGAUGGCCCAGGGUCUUUGUUGCAACUGUGGGUCCUUAAUGCCACUGUGCUAGGGAGUGACCAUUGGUUUGCCUCUGCCUUGUCCCACUGAGGUGGCGAAUGACACAGUAUAUAUCUGGAAGUCAGGGGCUCAUCCAUCUGUUGCCUCUGGCAAAAGUCUCACAGUUCAUUUGCUCUCUGGCCUUUCCGUCUUUAUCACGGAGAGCCUGUUAUUAAGAUUCUAUUGGUUCUAGGUGAUGCAGACUGCACGGUGAUAUUCAGAGCUGCUGUUUGGAGCCGGGGCUGCCCCAAUCCAUUAAAACAGGGUUUUUAUAUCCUGUUCUAGCAGUUUGGAUAAGACGGCUGUGGUCUUGCCAUUGUAAGGAAUAACUUGUGGCCUGUCAACCUCAGCAUCUGCCAGACAAAUCUCAUGGCCCGAUGUGAGGAUACAUACACACAUAUGUCUAUGUUUAACAAACACUUCUAAUGUGUGCCAUGUGUGAGGCACUCUUCUGAGUACUUACAUGUAUAACCUUAUUUAGUCUUUAUAGUAAGCCUGUGAAGUAGGUGUUAUUGUUGUCUUUAAGAUGAGGAAACUGAGACAAAGAGGUUAACAUGUACCUGGUCCCAUAGCUAGUAAGUGGGGGCUCUAACCAUGGACACUGCCUAGUGAGUACUCAGUAAAUGUUAGCAAGAAUAAUAAUACUUUCCAGAAUGGUCAGUGGGAUCUCAUUGGGAACAAUCACACUGCUGACUCGAGGGCAUGACUCUGAUUUUAUCUGUAACUCUGGCCUCCAGUUUGGAGCCACUCAUGACUGUCCCAAGAACAAGGCUUCAGAACUGAACCCAUAGAGCCAAAUCAGGGCAUCGGGUCAGUUGAGCAAAGUUCUUGUUUCAGCAAAGUGUGUUGUGAAUGACUUAUUUCAGUACUGGGAUCUAGAUCAUGUUAGUAUUUCACUUGGAUAAGGAUUUUAAAACUGUUUCUUGACCCCUUUCCCAAGAGCAUCUUCCUUCUGGGGUCCCAGUUGGAGCAUUUCUGGAUCAGCUCCACCAGGAUGCCAUGCUUAAUAUCUGCAUCUAUCCUUAACCCUUUGGGAGCCGUUUGUUAGUUGAUGCUAAAUGUGUUCAGUUCAACCCUUCUUGGCUUUGACUAGGAGACCACCUUGAUCAUCUUCAAAGACUUUUCAAUGUAGACUGGAAAAUGGGUGUGGCCUGCUUAAGAGGGCUCUGCCUUUGCUUCAGGGCUAAUAUUAGGAAGCUCAAACAAGGCUCUUACACAGUUGUUUUGGGCUAGAGGCCUCACCUCCAUUCCUGCCCUCCAGGGAAAUGUCCUUUAGAACUUUUUUUCCCAAACUGUUUUUGGUGUCUGAGGGUUCUGUGGUCCAGUUUUCAUCAGGAAACUUCUCCUUGACAGCAGAAACAGAAGAAAGGAACUUCCCCCAUGGAAAUGAACAUCUGUUAAAUUGGGCCCAAAAGGAGUAUGGAGCAGUUACUUCAUUCACCGAACUCAAGAUAGCGAGAAACAUUUAUAUUAAAGUGGGGGAAGAUCAAGUGUUCCCUCCCAAGUGCAACAUAGGAAAGAAUUUUCUCUCGCUCAAUUACCUUGCUGAGUAUCUUCAGCCUAAACCAGCAGAAGGGUGUGUGAUGUCCAGCCAGCCCCAGGAUGAAGAAGUACACAUCAUCGAGCUAAUCACCCCCAACUCUAACCCCUACAGUGCUUUCCAGGUGGAUAUAACAAUUGAUAUAAGACCUUCUCAAGAGGAUCUGGAGUUGGUCAAAAAUCUCAUCCUGAUCUUGAAGUGCAAAAAGUCUGUCAACUGGGUGAUCAAAUCUUUUGAUGUUAAGGGAAGCCUGAAAAUUAUCGCUCCUAACAGUAUUGGCUUUGGAAAAGAGAGUGAAAGAUCUAUGACAAUGACCAAAUCAGUAAGAGAUGACAUUCCUUCAACCCAAGGGAAUCUGGUGAAGUGGGCUUUGGACAAUGGCUAUAGUCCAAUAACUUCGUACACAAUGGCCCCUGUGGCUAAUAGAUUUCAUCUUCGGCUUGAAAACAAUGCAGAGGAGAUGGGAGAUGAAGAAGUCCACACUAUCCCUCCUGAGCUACGGAUCCUGCUGGGCCCUGGCGCCCUGCCUGCCCUGCAGAACCCGCCCAUCCGGGGAGCAGGAGGCCAUAACGGAGACCUCCCCUUUCCUUUCCCGGAUAUUGCCAGGAGAGGCUGGAAUGAAGAGGGAGAAGAUGGGCUCCCUCGGCCAAGGGACCCUGUCAUUCCCAGCAUACAGCUGUUUCCUGGUCUCAGAGAGCCACAAGAGGUGCAAGGGAGCGUGGAUAUUGCCCUGUCUGUCAAAUGUGACAGUGAGAAGAUGAUCGUGGCUGUAGAAAAAGAUUCUUUUCAGGCCAGUGGCUACUCGGGGAUGGACGUCACCCUGUUAGAUCCUACCUGCAAGGCCAAGAUGAAUGGCACACACUUUGUGUUGGAGUCUCCGCUGAAUGGCUGCGGUACUCGGCCCCGGUGGUCAGCCCUUGAUGGUGUGGUCUACUAUAACUCCAUUGUGAUACAGGCUGCAGCCCUUGGAGACAGUAGCGGCUGGCCAGAUGGUUAUGAAGAUCUGGAGUCAGGUGAUAAUGGAUUUCCGGGAGACGUGGAUGAAGGAGAUGCUUCCCUGUUCACCCGACCUGAAAUUGUGAUGUUUAAUUGCAGCCUGCAGCAGGUGAGGAACCCCAGCAGCUUCCAGGAACAGCCCCAUGGAAACAUCACCUUCAACAUGGAGCUAUACAACACUGACCUCUUUUUGGUGCCCUCCCAGGGGGUCUUCUCUGUGAUGGAGAAUGGACACAUUUAUGUUGAGGUGUCUGUUACUAAGGCUGAAAAAGAACUGGGAUUUGCCAUCCAAACAUGCUUUAUCUCUCCAUAUUCGAACCCUGAUAGGAUGUCUCAUUACACCCUUAUUGAGAAUAUUUGUCCUAAGGAUGAAUCUGUGAAAUUCUACAGUCCCAAGAGAGUGCACUUUCCUAUCCCACAAGCAGAUAUGGAUAAGAAGCGAUUCAGCUUUGUCUUCAAGCGCGUCUUCAACACCUCACUGCUUUUUCUGCAGUGUGAGCUGACGCUGUGUACCAAGACAGAGAAGCACCCCCAGAAGUUGCCUAAGUGCGUGCCUCCUGAGGAAGCCUGCACCUCACUGGAUGCCUCGAUAAUCUGGGCCAUGAUGCAGAAUAAGAAGACGUUCACCAAGCCCCUUGCAGUGAUCCACCACGAAAUAGGACCUAAAGAAAAAGGUCCAAGUAUGAAGGAACCAAAUCCAAUUUCUCCACCAAUUUUCCAUGGUCUGGACACCCUAACUGUGAUGGGCAUCGCGUUUGCAGCCUUUGUGAUCGGAGCACUCCUGACAGGGGCCUUGUGGUACAUCUAUUCUCACACAGGGGAGACGGCAAGAAGGCAGCAAGUCCCCACCUCCCCGCCAGCCUCGGAAAACAGCAGUGCUGCUCACAGCAUCGGCAGCACGCAGAGCACGCCUUGCUCCAGCAGCAGCACGGCCUAGCCCAGCCCAGCCCAGCCCAACCCAGCUACUGCCAAGGGCGGGACCAGUGGCUGAGCCUCAUGUCCACACUUGGAUGGCUGGAUUUUGUUUUCCUUCUAAAGACAGAGUGAAUUUCGGUAUAAAGAUCACCCAUUGUAUUCACCCCACACCCAGGGCUAAUGUAAACAUGACCCUGGACUUCUGUACCACACUAGAAUUCAUGUGAGAAAGCUAAAUGGUGGUCUUCUCCACCAGCCCCUCACAGGCUUGGGGGUUUUCAAUGUGAAACACAUGCCAGUUUUUAACAUGCUGCUUUGUCCAGGUGAGAACAUCCGUAAUUUGGGGCCCUGAGUUUGACCCAGACUCAAGGAUUUGGUAAAGGGAUAAUAGCCAAAUAGUAGAACUAGUGAGGAGAUGCGGCCAAAUAUUCUUUAUAUCUGAACCAAGAUGUAAAACAUAAGAAACGCUUUGAGGCUUUCAAAGCGUUCCUCCUAAUUUGCACCUUCAUCUGGAUGCACACUUCUGACUUUGCUGCCAUACCCUGUGGGGUCUGAUGUGUCCCUUGAUGGGUGCUGCCCUCAGGGACUAUACCCUGACAAGUGUCAAGGCAACAUUCCUUUCUUGUGCCCUGGGCCAAAACCAAUGCUGAUGACCUUAUUAGCUUCCUGUAUCUUCUCAUACUUGCAUAUGCCACUGCAAAAUGUCUUAAUGCAAACUUUGUAUUUCUUACAGGCCUACAGAAAUUGAAAAUGACCAAAAUCAGGAACCACAGAUAUGUGCCCAUUCUUAAUAUUUUGUUCUGAAAAAAUAACAUAUAAAUUAAGGUGAAAUUCAGUUAUAAAGUCAAGGAGGAAUUUGCACAAUUAUAUAUUUGUAUGUGUAUGCAAGUACAAGUAUAUAAUACGUCAUCUGGCACAUUCAUUUUCUCAGCUGAAGAAGAGAAAAUUCAUUCCCCUUUUGAAAAUGUCCUUACGCUUUUAGAGUUGCAACUUACUCUUAAGUACAUUUGGUAGGGUGAUGUUCCACUCAAAACAUGUCAACUGAAAAGAAAAUCGGCCUUUUUAUAAAAACCAAACUCUAGCGAGAUGCACAAGCAUGCCAGAUGCUGUUGCUCUCCAGUUGGUUAUCUGAAUAGUGUUACCAGUUCUCCCCCAGGACAGUGCUGAGAUUGGAAAAGGGCACUCAUUUGGAUUGCCUUACUUCUCUUGCCUUAAAUAUAUCCCAAAAUCAAAAAACGCUUGAGGUGAAUUUAAUUAAAUGGAAUAAUAUGAUGCCACUUUGCAGCUAAAAUAAGCUCAAUGAUACCUUUAUGUUUAAAAGGAAAAUGCCAGAAAGGAAUUUUCAUGCUAAAUUAUUUUACUGCUGAAGAUAGCUUCGUUGCAAAUUAUUUUUUUUUCCAGAAUCCCCCCAAACAACUUAGAAUUCCAUAAGUAGAACAAGUUAGAUUCUACCCCCAAAAUAAUUCAUAAGCAAAUCCCACUGCCCUUAAAAUAAGGAAGUUAUGCCUGGUUGUCCGAGAAUGGAACCUCAGUAGGAAAUGCUGAUGAAGUUCAAAACCUUGGGGCAGUGUCUACGUUGCAAACAAAUAGGUGGAAACUGACCAUCAUUUUUACCAAAUCGUUGAGUAAUAAUCUGACUAACUUGAUAGAUGUAGGCAUUCAAUAAGGAAAAUUUUAACCAAAACAGAUUAGGGCUGAGAUUUCCAGGCUAUCUAUAUUGAUAUACUGAAAAAUUUCCAGAUUUCCACACACAAACAAAGACAUGAGUUAGAGAAUUUUUUUUCCUUUUUUUUUUUUUGAACAUAAGGGUAUCUGAGUAGAGGACCUAGAUUAUGCUACCUGUGUUUGAAAAUAAUGUGCUUUACCUAACCUGCAGCAGAAUGUAUUGUUUUAGCAUAUUCUAUGUAUAAAAAACUUUAAAGAUGUCUUCAAAGAAGACUAGAGUCUUUAAGUCACAUAUAGCUAUAUUUUACUACAAAAUUUGUGUAUAAAGAUAUAUUUAAGUGUUUCAGAUAAAUUUAAGUUACUCCCUAUGAAAUGUUUAAUUUCAGCUACUGUGAAUUCUUUUGAUCAGUCCUUUGCUUUUUUAAAAAACCCUUUCCAUCUUGUUAAAAAGGAAAUUAGCUAUUAGGAGAUAUUAAAAGAUUGAUGUCUUAGAAGGACAAGGUUAAAACCUUCUGUAAUAUAUUUAAAUAUAUAUUUUCAAGAGAGACGCUGCAUUGCCAAUGAUUUUAUAAAUAAUUUAAAAUUAAUUUACAAAUUUAUAGAUGCAAACCAAAAGAUUUUUUUUAAAGAGAGAGGAAAAAAAUCACCUUUUAUUUGUUUGGGUCUCAUUGUCAGAAGUAUUAUUCACAUCAAGAAAUCCGUGUCGAUAAAAUCUAAUCUCAUAUUGGAGACUGAAUGUCAUCAAGUAUUUCUGAAAUGUUUCUUAAAAAUGAACAUUUAAAAAUAAGGUAUUUUCUCCCUAGCUUCUCAUUACGGUAUUCCUAAUUAAUUCACAUUUUACAGGUUUAAUAGAAAGUACAAGCUUUAUUUUAUAACAUGUUUCACAGUUUCUUUAAAAGUAUUGUUUAUUUCAGCUGAACUCUUCUAUCUGCAGUCUUUUGUUAUUUCUGCAGGCUACACCCUUAAUUUGCAGAGGCUAUUUUGUUUCGUUUGAUGCUGAAGCUAUUGCUGAAAUGCCCUAAGCUCCAAGGCCAAUUGUCUGUAUACUAUGCUAUGGCUCUUCACCAUGUGGUGUUUACCAGCUAUUACUCUAUAUUUUAAAAAGCCAGAGAUUUCUUCUGUCUAAAUUGUUUCUAUAGCAUUUUCUAAACAAACAAACAAAAAAUGGUAUUUACCUUGUCUUGUAAUAAGAUUAUAAAUCAAUUUUCUGCGUGUGUUCUUAGUGGGUAUCGUUGUGAGUGUGUUUGGGUGCGCACACCCGUGCGUCUUUUUGUACUGUAACUACCUCAUGGUUUGAAUGAUGAUUGUACUGCUGGUUGUGUUAACAGAGCACAUUUUGUUGGGUGAGUCCUAUGUGAUUUUUUCAUGUUUGUUUUAUCUGGGGGUUGUUCAUGAAACUGACAGAUGUUUUUCUAAAACUACUAUUAUCAGUUUCCAAAUACAAUACUUCUCUCUUCCAGUUUUUCCUGAAUGAGCCUGAUUUUGUUGCUGGUUUUCAUCAUCUAUGAGGGUAAAAAGAGUACCCUUAAAAUCCCUGUGGCCAGUUUGAACACCCCUAUUGUAUUCUUUUCUCUGUUCAUUGUGUCAGCUAUUUUGUGAACAUGCUUAGAUGUAUAGUUUUGAUAACCACAGUUUUAAGUCUUUUAUCUGUGCAUAAUAAAAAGAUAUAUAUCAAUUAUUAA